GCGCUCUCCUCGGAGCCGCUCACUGCAUGGUAGCCUGGUGCGCCCGCCGCCGCCUGCAUCGCCACCGCCGCCGCCGCCCCGCGACGACCACCGCCACCCCCUGCCCUGCAGCCGCCGCCACCGCCGCCGCUUGUAUCGCCGCCGCCUCGGGACCGGCUGUAUGAUUAGGCCACAAUCUUCAAUGAGUAAACAUAUUCCUCAGUUCUGUGGUGUUCUUGGUCACACAUUUAUGGAGUUUCUGAAGGGCAGUGGAGAUUACUGCCAGGCACAGCACGACCUCUAUGCAGACAAGUGAACUGUAGAAAUUCAUUACUACUCCACCAAGAAGCCCCCAUAAGAGUGGUUAACCUGAACACAGACGUAUUGAAUUGAAAAUCCACCGAGCAUUUUACAGGAGUUCUGACCUGGAUGGGGUAAACCUCAGUGCACUUCCUUUCUAUUGCCUCAGUAUUACUGGAUUGAAGAAUUGCUGCUUCUUGUUAGGAGGUUCAUUUCAUUUCCCAUUACUCCCAACUUCAUACUCAAAGCACUGAGAAUAUCAAGUGGAGUAUAUUGAAGUAGACUUCAGUUACUUUGCAUCAUUUCUGUAUUCAAUUUUUUAAAUUCUUUCAUAACCCUAUUGAGUGUUUUUUAACUAAAUUAACAUGGCUCGAAUGAACCGCCCUGCUCCUGUGGAAGUCACAUACAAGAACAUGAGAUUUCUUAUUACACACAAUCCAACCAAUGCAACCUUAAACAAAUUUAUAGAGGAACUUAAGAAGUAUGGUGUUACCACAAUAGUAAGAGUAUGUGAAGCAACCUAUGACACUACUCUUGUGGAGAAAGAAGGCAUCCAUGUUCUUGAUUGGCCUUUUGAUGAUGGUGCACCACCGUCCAACCAAAUUGUCGAUGACUGGUUAAGUCUUGUAAAAAUUAAGUUUCGUGAAGAACCUGGUUGUUGUAUUGCUGUUCAUUGUGUUGCAGGCCUUGGGAGAGCUCCAGUGCUUGUUGCCCUGGCAUUGAUUGAAGGCGGAAUGAAAUAUGAAGAUGCAGUACAAUUCAUAAGACAAAAGCGGCGUGGAGCCUUUAACAGCAAGCAACUUUUGUAUUUGGAGAAGUAUCGUCCUAAAAUGCGGCUGCGCUUCAAAGACUCCAAUGGUCAUAGAAACAACUGUUGCAUUCAAUAAAACUCGGGCGCCUGAUGCUAUUGCCUUGGAAGUGGAACUUAAGACGGGACCUAAUUUGUCGUAUAUAUCAGCCAACAUGUUGGCGUGGUGAAUAAGUCUGAUGAAGCUUCCAUAGGAGUAUUGGAGAGCAGUUUUACCAGGCCACAAGCUUGACAGAAUUUCAACGUCUAUGUUUGGGUUAUGAUCAACCUGUUUGGACACUUAGCAAAAGAUUCUUGCUGUUCACAAUUUAAAAUGUGCUUAUCAUUUGUACCAGUUGACCUUUCCUGAAAUCAUGCAGUAUUGAGUUAAUGUCUUUAAAUCUAUUUCCAUGCCAGAAUCUUGCAUAAGAAAUUUAGAAAGAUUAGGUGCCAAAAUACCCAGCACAAUACUUGUAUAUUUUUAGUAUCAUACAAAACCAAAAUUCCAGGAACUAAGAACACUCUAGACCUUAUGUGAUUUAUUCCUUCAGUCAUUUCAAACAUUGUAGGCCCUAUAUGAUUAUUUGCCUGCUCUUUUUAUGUUUACAUCUCCCACAUUCAUACCAGUAUACAUCAGGUUUGCUUUUACCUAUUGGGAUUUUUUGUUUUUGUUUUUUUUUCCUUUUACCAAGUCUUACAGCAAUUAUUUUUAUUUAAUAUCUUUCUAUAAGUCUUUAUUUUUGCUGUUAUGGGAAACCUCCAUUUUGAAAACCUAAGUUUUUACAGAAGCACAUGUCUUUAAGUCUCCAGACAAAAAAAAAGCCUUACAGUUAAUUUAAUGUUUGCACUCUGAGGUGCAACUUAACAGGGAGGGCCUGAAAAAAAGAAUGGGAGGGGGCUAUUAAAUAUUUUUAGUAAAAUGUUGCCUUUGUCUCGUGCAGAACCUGUAGAAUAUAUGCUCUUUAAUUUAGUAAAUAUUUUUUUAAAAGGUAGAGAUGCUCUGUUAUUGUAGGUAAAACAAUUCUUAAUCAUAAAGUUUCUGAAAUUCUUGUUUUUUUUUUCAUAAUUAUCAGAAGUUGUUUACCAACUUUUUGUUUGAAGUGUGAUUUUUUUUUCUUUUAUUCCCAACCUCUUGCAAAAAAAGAAAAAAGUGGGUUUCUGCUGAUGAAUUGAGCAGACAUCUAAUAUUUUAUAUGCCUUUUGAGCUGUGUAACUUAAUAUUUGGAUACUUGAUAAUUUUGUUUUAUUAUGUAAUUGAUAAAAUGGUGAUGUGUAUUAAUGUUAGUUCAACCAUAUAUUUAUACUGUCUGGGAAUGUGUGGUUAUAGUUCUGUGGGAGAAAUAAUUUGUCAGUGUUCACCAGCUUGUAAAAACUUAGUGCGAGAGCUUAAACAUCUAAAUAAAUAAUGAAAUGCAUUUAUCAUCACUGAGAUUGUUUUGCUUAAAGUUAAAAAUUUGUAGUAAACAAUGAAUUGCACUUCACUUAAUACCAUUUGUAACAUGUGUCCACAUUUUUUUUUUUUAACAAAUGAAGGAGUAAAUGAAAUCAGUAUUUUGGUAAUCUCUGAAUUGUUUUAAGGUCCUGAACACUGUUUAAUACUAAACACUUUUCAUUACAAACUCUUUAAGGGUCUAGAUAAUUUUGAACCAGUUUAUGUAUUGUGUACUGAGAAGAAACCAUGUAUAGUAGAGAAAGGCCUUGAUUUAAAGUUCACUUCUAAUUAUUAGUGGUUUUGUGCAGCUUAUCUUCCAAGAUUCAGUUUUUCUUUUUUGCAAAUACAUACCUUUAUAUAAAGAUUUUGGAAAUUAACUUGAACCCAAGUAUUUGGCACAUGAGCGCUUAAUAAAUGUUAAAUCUUUUUUCAGUAAUCUGAAAUACUUCACACACUUAAAGGGACAGAUGUCCUUGUCUUUAUAAAUGCAAACAACUCCAUUUGAGUAAAAAGGUGUUUUCAAGAAUUGUUUGUCUUCAUGCCAGUCUAACACUUAAUAUGGAUAUAUCCAUUUUUUAAAUUAGCAAGAGCCAAGGAAUAACAGGCCUCUCUAGGCCCUGCUCCUUCAAAUCUUACAUCAUCUAUGAGUGGGGCAAGUUAUUUUACCUGAGCUAUUUUGUAUACUGUUUUUAAAAAAUACAGCAUAUUCUAGAUGAAAAGAUAAUUUUUGUGUAGUCUAUUACUGAAUAAUAUGUUAUCACCACAUAGCCCCAUCAAACUUCAUUUUUGUUGGGAGAAAAAAGUGCCAUCAUGAUUAAUGAAAAAAAUCUGUUAAGUUUGAAAAGUUGAAUUAAUUUGCAGUGUUGAUUGUAUAUAUUUGGUGCUAAAAAUCACUUUAUAAACAUCUGUACAGUAUCAAAUAUUUUGUAUCUUGUAAAUAUGGCUAGUUAUAGGAAUACCUGUAAUACAUCCUAACCAAUCCCUUAUGUCUAAUGAGAUUUUAAGGAAUUGUGAGUUGGUCUUGAAUGCAGGAAGUUUACCAGAUGGUAUUCUAAAAUUUGGUCACUUGGGUUUGGAUAUCUUUAGUGGGAUGAUAUAUAUAUAGUGACUAGUUGCCUAGGCUUGUCUAUUGGAACCAUGUUGACUAUAGGAAAUGUGAUUGCUAAAUGAUAAUGAGAAACUGCAAUCUCCUUUUAGUGAGAGGAAAACCUAGAAAUUGGGUGCCACUGUUCAUUUUGCAGUGUUCUGCAACCUUCAUUUGUUUUCUCAGUGCCCACUUAGGGCAAUGCUCUCCUAUUCCUACACCUUAACAGCCUCCCAUCCUGGUAUGUGAUCACAGCUGAUCACAUUCCCCUUCAAAAUGAUGCUGUGGUUCCCAAAAUCUCAAUCUCUGGGGAUCUGUUUUUCAGUGUCAUUCAUUUGACAAAAAGCCUACUGUUUGCCAGGUAUUUAAGAGUAUUGCAGAGAACAUAAAAGAUGGUGUCAGCCAAUUCUGAUCACCAAAUUCUGAUCGAAAUUAGAGAAUGCUUUCUGUUGAGUUUCAGGAAAUGUAAUUUGGUGAGAAUACUUCAAAUGGAAGUAGCAAUAUACGUGGCAAUGAUUUCUUUUUUUUUACAUGUAAUCAAAUUCUUAGAAGUUUUAAAAAGUACAUGAAGUAUAGUAGUAUCUGCCAUACAUGUUUAUACCCCACAUUCUUGAUUCCUUGAAUUAAUGUUUGUAUUUAUGUGCUUUCUUACACCUGAAUUGAAAUUAAAGACUGGUUUAAAAGUGUC